AUGGGCUCCGUCAACACACCCCAAAUCCUCCGCAAACUCGGAGACAAUGAACACUUCUCUUCCUCCCGUCACAGUCUCGGCAUCUACCGCUGCGUCACCGUAUCAUGCCGCUACUCCCACCCUCCAUCCUCUCUCCCCGACGGCACAUCCAUCAGCCCAAACUUCUUCGCUGCUCUCGCAACCGUCAUCAAGGACCAGCCCAUGCUGCGUGUUGGCAUCACGGGGGACGACACAAACGACGCCCACUUCGUACACAUCCCCUCCAUCGAUCUGCGCGACCAAGUCUCCGUCGUUGCCGUGCCUUGUCAGUCCGUACAAGAGUACGAGGACAAAGUUGCCGAGCAGCAGGGCUGGGAGCAUGACCAAAAAUUCCAGGAUUUAGCUGUGAGGCCUCCCUGGAGAAUCACCAUCCUGAGGCCUAGUAGCGACAACGACGAAGUCGUUGAGCAGUUGAAGGGGCAGGAAGACGUCUUCUUUGCGUUCCAUCACUCUCUUAUGGACGGAACCAGUGGCCGCCGCUUCCACGAGAUGCUUCUCGCAACACCUGCUUACCAGGGCCAACAAGUCCCAGCCGAGCCAGAGCUUGUCCUCUCCUUUCCAGAACCGUCGUCACUCCCUGAACCUCAGGAACAAGUCGUCAACUUCACCCUCUCAAUCAGCUAUACCGUGAAAACUCUCUGGACCGCCCUCGGCCCAACGUUCCUCCAGCCCCCCAAGCAGCCCAUCUGGAACGCCCUCCCCGUCGACUUCUCCCUGCCCUACAAGACGCGCGUCAAGCCCAUCGACAUCUCGCCCGAGGUCCUCGCAACGCUCCUCUCCGCCUGCAGAGAACAUUCCGUCACCAUCACGGCUCUCCUACACUCUCUCGUCCUCGCCUCUCUGUCAUCCCGCAUCCCCUCUCCAACAGAGGCACCCGCCUUCGCAGCGUCCACGCCCAUCAGCCUUCGACCCUUCACUUCUCCCUCCAUGGAUCCCGCAUACGUGACUUCCCUCCGCUGUCUCGUCGCCGCCACCGUACAUCAUUUCCCUCCAGAGAUGGUGUCCGCUCUGCGCGCCCCUGAUGCCGAUACCAACGCCCUGAUAUGGCAAAACGCGCUGCACGUCAAGGACCACCUCGCCGACAAGCUCAAAUCCUUGCCCCACGACGACGUCUCGGGCAUGCUCAAGUAUGUCAGCGACUGGUUCUCCUUCUGGCGCGGCAGGGACGGCAGGCCGCGCACCGAGUCCUGGGAGAUUAGCAACAUUGGCGUGCUCAAGAACCCGGCAGAGGCAGAAGCAGACGUGCCCCGGGCCACGCGCUUGCUCUUUACGAAUGGAGCCAUGGCUGCUGGAGCGCCGGUGGCUAUCAAUGUUGCGAGCGUGGCUGGGUCCAAGUUGACUAUUGGCUUGUCGUGGCAUAAUGCUGUGUUGAAGGAAGAGGUGGCGGACUGGCUCGCUGAGGAUCUGAGUUCGUAUGCUGCAAAGUUUCAUGAGACUGGCGAGAUGUUUGUCUAG